AGCCUAAUUAGCAAGCGGCCAAGCCCUCCAAUUAAGGGCCAUCAGAAGUCGGAAGUGUCAUUCGCGUCUCGCAUUAAUCGUUGCCCGGCCAGAGAACCCAGCUCCGCCGCGACCGAGCACCGCUGUGGCCACAAGCAGCCACAAGCAGCCUGGCGCCGACCGAGCGCACGCGACUCAUGGAGGCCGAGGAACGACCGCCGCUGAGCGGCGCGUUAGUCCUGCUGACGGUCUUCGCCGUGCUCGGCGGUUUCUUGUUUGGCUACGACACGGGCGUCGUCUCCGGCGCCGAGGUCUUCGUCCAGAACGACCUAGGCCUGAGCGACGCGAAGAUCCAGGUCGUGGUCAGCGUGACCGUGCUCUUCGCCGCCGUCGGCAGCGCGCUCGCGGGCGCGCCGCUGCAGGCGCGCGGCCGGAAGCCCGUGAUCAUGGUUGCGUCGUGUUUUUAUUGUGUCGGGUCGCUGACGGUCGCGGCCGCGCGCGGCUUCGGCGAAUUGGUGGCGGGCCGCGUCGUGCUGGGGUUAGGAGUUGGGCUGUCGUCGAUGGCGAUUCCGGUGUAUGUGGCCGAGGCGUCGCCGGCCGAGCUCCGCGGGCGCCUCGUGUCGUGCUACAAUUUGUUCAUCGUGCUCGGCCAGGCGGCGGCGUGCGGCGUCAAUAUUGUCUGCGGGACGUAUCUAGGAACAUCAUCGAGGUGGCGCGUGAGCAUGGGCGUCGCCGCGGCCCCGGCGUUUCUCCAACUUGUAGGCUUCUUCUACCUCCCGGAGUCGCCGCGUUGGCUCGCGCAGACCGGAGACGUGGACGGCGCGGCGCGCGUCCUGGAGACGCUGCGCGGGCGCGCGGCCUCCUCCGAAACUAUCGAGCGGGACCUGCAGCAGCUGCGGGCGAUGGAGCCGGAGGACGUCGGCGACUGCGCCCAGGGCCUCAGCGAAGUGCGACGGACGCCGCACCUACGAGCGACGUUCGGCCUCGGCUUGGGCCUCAUGGCGCUGCAGCAGUUCUCGGGGGUCAACACGAUCAUGUACUACGGUGCGGCCAUUUUAAUCAUGUGCGGCUUCGAGGAGAAGGACUCGGUCGCGCUGACCGCCGUGCUGGCGCUCGCGCAGGGGCUGGGCAUCGUCGUCUCGCUGCCGCUCUGGGAGAGGUGCGGGCGCCGCCGGCUCCUCAUCCCGUCGGCCCUGGCGGCGGCGGCGGCGAUGGCGUGCGUCGCCCUGGCUUUUUGGGCAGGUAUAGACACGUACAAGUACGUCGGCCUCCUCGGCGUCGUCACCUACCUCGUAGGCUUCGGCCUCGGGCUGUCGAGCGGCCCGUGGGUCGUCAACGCGGAGAUCUACCCGACGCGCCUGCGGGGCCUCGGCCAGGCGUCCGCGUGCACGGCGAACUGGGCCGCGAACUACGUCGUGGCGGCCUGUGUGGAAAUCAAACCAGUGCGUCGGGUGUAUUCUUCACUAAGUCAUUUCUUGGCGAAGACGCGGCCGACCUGGCUCGGUCGAGCGGCUAGGAACCGGCAUCGCCACGCCAUCGAGCAGGCGUCGCAUCGAUGGCGUGGAGGACGGCACGGCGAUCCAGCACAAACGCGCCGUAACAUUUUGAUUUCCACACAGGUCGCGGCGACGUUCCUGUCGCUGUGCAAGGCGCUCGGCCAGGCGUCGACCUUCGCGCUUUUGAGUUGCAUAUCGCUCGCGGGCGCCGCCUGGCUGCACGGGGCCCUGCCGGAGACGGCCGGCCGGUCCCUCGAGGAGAUCGAGGACCUCUUUCGCGCGCGCUCCUACGGGCAAGUCCGCACGGCCGACGAGGACGAGGUCCGGAACCCGCUCGGCGACGACGAGGCCAUGUAGUUUGUUAUUUAUGU